AUGGCAACCAACGCCUCCGAUGCCACCUCAGCAUUUCCUGCAGAUAAAACCGGAGAAAAAUCGAUUUCCUCCAGCUGUUGGCUAAUGGCUACAGGCGGAGGUGAAGGCGCCAACACUGGGUGCUGGGGGGCGCGGGGCCGAGAUAAGCCGUCGGCGCAGGAUGAGGUCGCGUUGAAACGAGAGAGAAUUUAUGAGGGUGUUCUCGUUCUAGCGGGGGUGAGGCCGCUCGCGCGGACCACGCGUGUUGUCAUAAAACCGUAG